AUGAAUAGUGAUACUGAACAAGUGUCAUCCUCAACAGCACUUGAAGAGACUUUCUUCGAUGCCGUAGAGGACGUAAAAACCAAUACUUCCCAACCUGCUGCAGAAGCACCGAAUGAAUCGCCUUUUCGGGAUUGUAAUGGCGAGGAGAACGUUGACUCACUUAAUGCAUUUGAUAAUUCAGUGAAACUUCUCAACGAAACCUAUUGUCUGUCUGGAGAAACUUCCACUUUGUUGGACAAUCCUCUGCCUCUCCUAGAUGACGCAAUUAAGUCUAUUCAAGUUUCGUCUUCAGACCCGGUUAUUUAUUUGAGGAAUUCGCCACCACCUUCUUCCUCUGCUUUUCCGCAAGAUUUAAGGCAAAACCCAGGUUUUAAAAUCGUAUCACCCUUGCAGAAUCCAAACGGCACAGACCUACGCGCAAGUCCUUGCACAAUUGUGACCUCUUUCAAAGCCGAUCAGCUCAAAGUAGACGAGGUCAACCACUCUUCUGCCUUUUCUGCGGAAUUCCAUGGGGCUGGAAACGAUGUGAUCACUCAACCCGUCGCUACCUCUGGAAACAUUGAUAGUGAGGUUGAAAUGUUCGAUUUUCAUGGAAUAACAAAUGGAUGUAGUCCUAGCGCAGUAUCAGCUGACAUCGUUAACUUCAUUAGCGAUGACCAUUUCAUGAUUGGAACGGAGAAAGUAACAACUUUUACAAUUGACGAGAAAGUGGCUGAUGAAGACUUAAAUAAAGAUUUAGAUGUCCCUAUAGAGCAAGAAUUAACCAAUAAGUUAGAUGAUGCGACUUCUCAACAAGUUGAAACAGUUGAGUUUGAUGCUUCUCAUGAAAUGGAAGAUGUGAAUGAGAUUGUAGAUACCAUAAAUGGAACAAAUUAUGAAUUUGACGAAACUGUCGUCAAGCCUACUGCUAUCGCCGACGCAGCUUGCCGAGGAGGUCACGAUAACAUUGUAGACACUAAAGUUGCAAAUGAGGUAGAUAAAGAUGAUGCAAAUGCCAAGAUGGACACUGAAGUUGAUGAAAGUGAAGAAACGAUGUUUGAAAUCCAGGAGGAAUAUCAAGAAAAGAGGAAGUUGAACCCUCCAAAACGAACGCUCACAGCCGAGGAAGAUGCAGCAAGAAAUAAGUGGCCGAGGAUGACAAAGGAGGUGCUUAGAAAAAUUUGCAAAGAGCAGAAACUCUACCAAACGCCUUACCUCAAUGAUAUUCUCUACUUGCACUAUCGAGGAUUUGGAUGGAUUGAAAAUUUGGAAGACUACACAGGUCUGCGAUGUCUCUUCCUUGAUGUCAACGGAAUCGAUGAGAUUGCUGGACUGGAGUAUCAGACGGAAAUGCGUUGCCUCUUUAUGUCCAAGAAUCUUAUUCGAAGAAUCGAAAACCUUGACCACAUGGUUCAUCUAGACACUCUGGAUGUCAGCCACAACAUGAUUUCAAAAAUCGAAAAUCUUUCAAUGCUACCGGUCCUAAAGAAAUUGGUCAUUUCCCACAAUAAACUUGAAACUCUGGAGGACAUUGUGCACCUUCGCGAAUGCAAAGCUCUGACCGUCGUUGAUCUUCAGCAGAAUCGGAUUGAUAACCCCGCUGUUCUUGAAGAGAUUUUCGCUCAAAUGCCCAGUCUUCGAGUCCUCUACAACCAAGGCAACCCUUUUGUUCGGGAAGUAAAGUAUUAUCGUAAAAACUUCAUCAAUCAGUGUAAAGAACUAACCUACUUGGAUGAACGGCCUGUUUUUCCAAAGGACAGAGCUUGUGCCGAGGCAUUCUACUCCGGUGGGCCAGAUGAAGAGUGUCGUGUUCGCAAGGAGAUCAACGAUGCAGAGCACAAACGACUUAUGGAUAGCUGCAACUGGUUGACAGAACGUCGCAGGAAAAUAGAGGCGGCAAAUCGUGAAAAGGAGCUGGCUGAAAAGGCCAGAGGGGAGAGCCUCCCCACUGACGACAUACAUGUAAAUCCAGAGGACAUAGAUUGGCUCUAUGGAAGCGAACAGUCAAUACAGCCCAACACAGCAGGUGGCGACAGUCAAGACGGCCCUAGUUUGGAUGCCGUCACACCUGCACACCUUGGUGACAAUUUGGUAGGGAGGAGUUCAUCCAAUGAUGCCCUUGAUGAUGGUAAUGCUAGCGCUGGGAGUGAGGUCGAGGAGUUUACUCCUUCAAAAUCCUUGAAGCAAAUGGAAGUUUGUCGUGUGGAAUCUUUCUCUGUACCAAUCGAUACAGACCAAUCCGAUGAGCCUAUUGUGGAGGUUAAUGCAGAUGCUUUGCGGGCAGCGCAGCCUUCGUCCGGGUUAACGUCCGAAGAUUAUGAUUUUGGUUGGAAGGCAAAGUUGCUUCUCACAAAAGGUACGCCUUCCGGCUUAUCCUCCCCCAAGAUUUGGCGCUUUCCAGUCCCUCUUGUUUUUCUUUACAUAGGAAACGCUUUCAUUGUCGCCUUAGACCUUGAUUUCCGUCUAAAUGAUAAAGUGGCUUUUAAGCUAUCAGGUCAAAGUUUUAAUGUUUCAGACUCGCGUCCCAAACUCGGGUCCCCUAGAUCGAUGUUCGUCGAGGAAAUCGAAACCUUAACUGAAGAUGAAUCAAAAGGAAAAAUUAAGCUCAAGGUGCCCCUGAUUGAGGAGGUUUUAGGUAGGCUAAUUUUUGAUCGUCUUUUAGAUGAUUAUGAAAUCACCGAAUCCGUGAGGGCCAGGGACGAUGACGAUGCCUCCCCUCAAGCUCUGGUAGAGGAUAUUGAAGAAGGGAGGGUGAGUGAGGAGAUGGAGCAUAGGAACAGCAAAGAUACGAACCUCUUGAAGUCUCAGCUACUCGAGGCAGCAGCAAGAGUUGGUUCAACAGAUCCUAAUUUCAGCAAGUGCAGCAUUUUUUACGCUAAUCAGGAGUAG